AUGACCCACACAGCUAUGAAAGCAUUACUCCGCACCGCAAUCUUCAGCCAGCCCUCUUCCAUAUUGGAUGUAUUGCAGCAUGUGCAAGACGGCCCCCUUGGUCAGAAAAUAACGCUCCUGCAUUGGCUGGUGUCUGAUAGUUUGUUCUACGUCGAAAUCAACCCGAUCGAUAUGCUGGGAAACUCUUUCUUUUGGAAUCGAAUCAUUGCCUGCGGAUAUGGACCUAUCGCCAUUGUGCUCGCGCUUAUUCUAGGGGGAGUGAUGAUGUGUACUGUCGUGGGACUAGGCAUGAGACGUUUCGCAUCACAGAUGCCCAUUGCAGGUAGCUGCAGUGCAGAAAUCAGCGCUGCGUGUCAUCCAACAGAGGGUGAGCAGCAUGCCCUGAAGCCGAUCAUGUGGGGUGAAAUUCCGGGGGCCGCAGUGCACCCGGAAAAUGGAGACGAUGCGGACGAAAUCACCAGUGAACAUGAACUGGAAGACAGGAGGGAUGGGAAUAGUGGUUAUUCGCCGUUGAGCAAAGACACGGCUGGCGAAGGGGGUGUUUAUGGCCAUUGCAGUUUCACCUUGGGGGAAGUGGUCACUCCAAAACCAUCAAGACUGUAUAUGUAGACCCAUACGUAGAUUCCAAGCAAAGACAGGACAAAGUUACAGUGGCAUAUUGCUCUAAAUCGGAGUGGGAGGGAUGUCGAAUGUUGGUCGGACCCGAAUGCCGGACACGAC